GUUUUGCCUUGCUCUCUGGGUGGUUGAACACUCUGAACAAGGUUGUGAAGCGUGAAAAGACACCACUGCCCUGCACCCAGGUCACCAUCCCUCUGGUGUUAUCCCCAGACCGAGAUCAUGAUCUCAUGAGGCAGACUGAAGGACGGGUGCUUAUCUUCAGCCAUCAGGUGGUCCCUGACCAUCUAAGAACCAAGCCUGACCCUGAGGUUGAAGAGAAAGAGAAGCAACUUAAGACACAUGCUGCCUGCAUUGGUGCUGAUGCAGCUCAGAAGCAGAUCCAGAGCUUGAAUACAAUGUGCUCAAACCUUCUGGAGAAAAUCAGCAAAGAGGAGCAAGAAUCAGAGAGUGGAGGUCUCUGGCCAAACAAGCGGACAUUUAACCCCGCAGACACCAAUGCCCUGGUGGCAGCUGUUGCCUUUGGGAAGGGGCUGUCCAAUUGGAGACCUUCAGGCAGCAGUGGUCCUGGCCAGCCAGGUCAGCCAGGAGCUGGGGCCAUCCUUGCAGGAGCCUUGGGACUACAACAGGUGCAGAUGGCAGGAGCUCCAGGCCAGCAGCAGCCAAUGCUUAAUGGAGUGCAAAUGGCUCAAGCAGGUCAACCAGGGAAAAAGCCAAGUGGAAUAAAAACCAAUAUCAAGUCAGCUUCAAUGUAACCCUACCAGCGGUGAGUGUGGCCAGCAACCUCCAUUCCCAGGUGCUCUUUGCAGAAUUGGGCAGUGAAAUUAUC